UUUUGGUGUAAUUGUUCAUGUUCUGCAAAAACAGAGCUGCAAUGUUAUUUAGAACGUAUUUAAAAUUCAACAGAAGCUUAUUAUUUGCUAAUUUUAGUUUCCCAAAGUGUUAUGCUCAUACUAGGUUAAAUCAAAUAUGUAAUGAUAAUGACAAAGCCGAAGUGGGAACGCAUGUAAAAGUGCAGGGUUGGGUUCAUGGUCUCAGAAAGCUGAAACAAAAUGUUUUUGUCGAUAUUAUGGAUGGAUCAACUCCUAAAGUGUUGCAAAUUGUUGUACCCAGAUCUCUCAAACCAGACAAAUUAAGUUUCGGAAGUAGUAUUGUAGUAGAAGGGAAAUUAGGUGCAGCUUCAGGAAAUCAAGUUGAAUUACUUGCAAGCAAUAUAACUAUAAUUGGUUCAUGUGACGUUCUGGAUGGAUAUCCUUUUGCUCCAAGAAAACAUUAUUCUGAGGAAUAUACUAGACAGUAUUUACAUUUAAGACCCAGGACUAGAAAGUUUGGGUGUUUGUUAAGGCUCCGUGAUAGAGCAUCUGCAGCUAUUGAAAAUUAUUUAAGAAGUAGAGAUUUUAUAAAUGUACAUACACCAAUUUUAACUUCAAAUGAUUGUGAAGGUGCUGGUGAAUUAUUCUUAGUGAAACCACAAUCUGAAAGUAUGAUGAAAGAAAUGAAAAGAACAGAUGUUUCUGAGGAAGAAGCAUAUUUUAAUACUAAGACUUUCUUAACAGUUUCUGGUCAAUUACAUUUAGAAACUAUUGCAAGGGCACUUACAAGAGUAUAUACCUUUGGGCCAAUAUUCAGAGCUGAAAAUUGUAAAUCAAGAUUACAUUUAUCUGAAUUUCAUAUGUUAGAAGCUGAGUUAGCAUUUGUUGAUAAUAUUGAUGUUCUUAUGGAUGAAGUUGAAUUAAUGAUAAAGAAUGUAAUUAACGAUAUGAUUGAAAAGGCUACUUCUGAUGUAGAUGCACUGGGUGGUCUGCAAGUACAAUGGGUAGAUGAAAAAUUUGCACGUAUAACAUAUGAUGAAGCCUUUAAUAUUUUACAAAAUAAUGCAAAUAACUUGAAGAAACCUGUCCCCAAUUUUGGAUCAAACUUGGCUAAAGAGCAUGAAUUAUUUUUAGUUGAGCACAAUAAUAAUAUUCCUGUAUUUAUUAUAAAUUGGCCAAAAGAAAGCAAACCUUUUUAUAUGAAAGAAUGUAAAGAUGAUGCUUCAAAGGUUGCUGCAAUGGAUUUGUUAGUACCUACUGUAGGUGAAUUGGUAGGAGGAGGUAUACGUGAAGAUGAUUAUGAACAAUUAAAAUUAAAAUUGCCUUCAACAUCUGAUCUUUCUUGGUAUUUAGAACUUCGGAAAUAUGGUAAUGUUCCAACAGGAGGGUUUGGAAUGGGGUUUGAAAGAUUUUUACAAUGUCUUUUUGAUAUACCAAAUAUUAAAGAUACUCUCCCCUUUCCAAGAUGGCCACAUAAUUGUAGUUUAUGAAUAAACAUUUUAUAACUAUUGUAUAUAUGAAUG